AUGGCCCUGGGCAUGAACCAGCUGCUGUGCGCCCUUUCCUAUUACAUCGUGGGAGCCAUCGCAGAGGAGACUCCCUCCGGUGCUGCGCUGUCCUUGCUGGGCGUGCAGUGCUUGGCACUUUUGCUGCUGCGCCUGGACGUGUCCGAAGGCCAUUCUUCGAUUGCGUUUAGCUGGCUGAGGCUAGUCUGCAUGUCGUUUCCGCCACUCUACAUGGGUGUUUUGAUCCAUUUCGUUGAUCGGUCGUCUGUCAGGACGGUUGAGUUUCUGGCUCUUCCGGCGUUUCUACUGCACAGCAUGUGGAUGUUGCUCAUUGCAGCCUACCUUGUCCCUGACAGUAUGGACGAGGGCUUGCCGAAGCAGCUGCGAACGGUUCUGUACCUCGAUGUGCUUCACUUGGACCAGCAGGCUGGAGACAUCAGAGAGUGGUAG